UGAUUGGUUGUGAAAAUCUUUUCAGCGGUUGACAGAAGAGUAUAUAAGAACAAGAAAAGCAUGUUGUUGGUCACAUCGCAAAGCCAGAAGAUACUGAAAACAUCACAUCGGCACAAGACAAGAUGUUUACACAGAGACAGACAUACCUGGAGAAGGCUCUCCUCUUUGCUGUGCUGCUUCUUGUGACCUCAGCAGGACAAUCAGCAGUGCUGACUGACAACCUGCAGACCACAGCAACUCCUCCUCCUCCUCCUCCUCCUCCUCCUCCUCCGACAGAUUCACCUCUGACCACACAGCUCAGCAACAGCAGCGUGGAGGGACCACGAGUCCAGUUUUUACACACACCAUGUGGCAGCGAUCACGACAAUUUCUGUAGUAACGGUGGCCAGUGUGUGUUCCCCCAAGACAGCGUCGACCCCUUCUGCAUCUGCACAACCUCCUACAGCGGGCAUCGCUGCAUGUUAUUUACUGGAGAAACCUAUAUUCUACCCGAGAAUGAGCAGCUGAUUGCCAUCGGCUUUGGAGUAAUCAUGCUCAUCUUUUUCCUGGCCAUUUUAAUUUACUGCAUCGCCCUUAAGAGGUGUAGGAAAUCAGCACCACUAAUAAAAUCUGCACCAUCUGAAAUUUCUGUGUGACUUCUACAACUCCCUGUUUGUCCUCCCUUUUCUUUAUCACCUGCUGGAAAAAUAUGUAAAUAAGUAAGAUUGUCAUAUCAUGUCAUUUCAACGCUGUGAAAGGAGGAAAAUCUGGAUGAGGAAAGACCUGAAAGCUGUAUCACGCCUGAAUGAGAGGGGAUAGAUAUUUAUUGUAGCUAUUAAGUUAUUUUAGUUUUCAGUUUAUUUAAAGUUUUGUAAUAAAUUUGUGAAAAAGA